CGUCAUUAUCAUUUUUGGCGCACACAAAACAAGAACAAUAAAUACAUUUUUUUUAAGUAGAAGUAAAUUUUUAACAAAGUUAUUUAUAAAAUAUAAAGAAAAAGCACCGACUAAAAUUCCCCCACAAUAGUUGUUAUUGUUUUUAUUUUAGUUAAAAAAAAAGAUUUAAAAAAAAAUAAACAAAUAAAAUUAAAAGUGUUUUAAUCAAUAACUCAGACAACAACAACAACAGAAUAAAAAUGUUAAAAAUUUACUCAGGGAUGGCUUUAAAGAGGCUACAAGUGUUAACGUUUGUACUUAUUGUUUGGCUAAAAUUAACAUAUGGAAUCAUAGAUGAUGAUGAAUACAACAGUAUCUACAAUUCCCAAUUGCAGGCGGAGCAAAAUCAUGAAGUGGGACGUUUUCCAUUUCUAAUGCCAAAUGUUAGACCAAAAACUCCUGAAUUAUAUCUUUGUACACCGAUAAAGGUGGAUUCCACAAAAAGUUAUUACAUUGUGGGUUAUGAACCGAAUGCCACUAUGAAUACGGCCCAUCAUAUGCUUUUAUAUGGUUGCGGUGAGCCUGGGUCAAGGAAAACUGUGUGGGAUUGUGGUGAAAUGGCUAAAACGACUAAUGAAGAAAAACCUAGUCCUUGUGGUUUACAAUCACAUUCUCAAAUUCUCUAUGCCUGGGCUAGAGAUGCACCCAAAUUAGAAUUACCCGAAGGUGUGGGCUUUAAAGUUGGUAAUGAUUCUCCCAUUAAAUACAUUGUACUGCAGGUACAUUAUGCCAGCAUUAAAAAGUUUCAGGAUGGCAGCACUGAUGACUCUGGUGUUUUUAUCAGAUACACUGAAAAACCCAUGGACAAAUUGGCUGGUGUUUUAUUAAUGGGUACCGCUGGUGUUAUACCACCCAUGUCAAUUGAACAUAUGGAAACUUCUUGUGAAAUUAAUGAAAAUAAAACUAUACACCCGAUUGCAUAUCGUACACAUACACACAGUCUGGGCAAAGUUGUUUCCGGCUAUAGAGUACGUCCCGACGAUCAUGGUAUGCAUCAUUGGACUUUACUGGGGAAACGUGAUCCAUUGACACCACAAAUGUUUUAUCCUGUGGAAAAUUCUGAACCCAUUAUUAAGGGUGAUAUUAUAGCGGCUCGCUGUACCAUGGAGAGUCAUCGUAAACGUGUUACAGAAACUGGAGCCACAAAUAAAGAUGAAAUGUGUAAUUUCUACUUAAUGUACUAUGUGGAAAACGAUGAACCAUUAAAAAUGAAAUAUUGUUUUAGUCAAGGACCGCCAAUGUUUUAUUGGAGCAAUCCCGAUGUUGGCCUCAACAAUAUACCACAUAUCGAAGCGAGCACUUUGUAAAAAUGUUCAAAACAAAAAGAAGAAAAAAAAAAAGGAAAUGAAACUCAAAACACAAAUGUAAAAGAAAAACCCCACAAACAAAGCUUUAUUUAUUUUUAUUUUUACAAAACAAACAAUUGUUAUAAACAUCACAAUAUUAGGGACAAGUGCAACAAAAUAAUAAUUUAAACAAAACAAAUUUUAAAUUAAAUUAAAACAAAAAAAAAAAGACACAAAUAUCAACAAAAUCAUAAAGAUAAAAAAAUCGAUAAUGAUCAUGACAACAAAAUGAUAACGCUUAGGAUGGCAAACAAAUUAAAAUUAAAUUGA